UUUCUUUAAAAACUCAGUUUGUAGAAGCUUUCCCUGCAUUAGGAAUAUCAAUCCUUGAUACCGGUCAGGGCUUCCACUAGUGAGAAUAGAAACUGACUGGUUUAGAUAGUUCCCGGAUGUUGGACAGCUGGCAGAACUGGUCAGGAAGAACAAAGGUUUCCAGAAACAACAUGCGCCGCAGCACGGAAGAAGCAGCCUGAGGACGCUCACCAGCACCUCUGCACUGAGUUGCUGUCCUCCGGGGCCCUGACCCUAGCGAGCUCUCCCCUCAGCUGACUUAGAAUUGAAUUCUGCAGCUGCACACAAGGGGCUGCACUUGGGCACCCGGGCUGUGUCCCACCUGCAAGGGAGAAUGGUGGAGGAGCUUUCUGCCUUCUGCCGUGAGAAGGUGGGAUUCAGAAUGCUGUAAGCAAUCAAAAUGCAGGGCCGGGAGCGACACCGACAUCUGGUGGCCCGUACAGGGACCUGAUCACUCCCCUCGGUGGUGUGCAACGCUCCAGCGUGGUGCUGCCGGACAGGUGAGUGGGGGAUAAGCCUGGGCUCUGGGUGGCGCGCACCUACAGGGCUUUUAGACUCCCCUCAGGCUCACGCGUAGGUGACGGGUUCUCUAAGUCACACGCGGUGAGUAACAGCCCUUAGAGGUUAGAGAUGGGUAAUUUACCGAGCGCGGAGGCGCGGCCCUUGGUAAAGGCCCUUAGAAAGCUUUUAAAAGCUAGAGACCUCAGGGUAGGUCAAAAAACACUGGAACUAUUCAUAGCAGAGGUAGAUAGGGUGGCUCCCUGGUUUUUACCCACGGGGCAUUUAAACCUGCCGUCAUGGGAGAAGUUAGGCGGGGACCUCGCCUCGGCGGAAUUGGAAGGCGAUAUUUUGCCGGCUAUUUGCCCCCUGUGGGAAAUGAUACAUGCGUGCCUUGAAGGGGAGGGGAAGGGGUUCCCGUCGGCAGUUAGAGACGCGGAAAUCAUAGACGCACGCAAGGCUUUUGAGCAGGCAAAGUCGGAAUGCUCUCGGGAGGGAUCUGUCCAGGGGGAAAAAAUCCAGGGAAAGAUAGAGGACACCCAAGCUCUGGAGUCCUCUGACUCUGAUAGCGAGAAAGAACUAGAAGGUGGGGCAGGAAGCCGAGAGGCUCAAAACCCCUAUGCCGAGUUGCGCCGCGAAUUGUGUGCGUGCGCCGCCCGAGAAAAGCAGAGAGAGGAGGAAGGACCCCCGAGCGCUCUCUGGUGGGGAGGAGAUAGAGAGCCAUCCGCUCCGCCCUGGAGCUCUUUUCCAGAAGCGGCUCCCCGCCGAGAGGCCGCUACAGGGGACCCUCCCUUCUCUCAGCCGGCACAGGAAGUGAUGCCCCGCUCCACUCUGUCGUGACCGCCGUCCUAUGACGUCGCGCCGCGGGGCGGACGGUAUUUUCAUGGGCGGUUAUGGAAGGGUGAACGAUGGUUCGGAGGGGAUCCACCGAUGCAAGGACUAGAUUACGGUCCUUAUGGAGUAUACCCUGUGCAAAUAGCCCCAGGCAAAGGGCGCAAUGUUUGGGAACCGCUUGAAAUAAAACAGAUCAGAAAAUUAAAAAGCGCUGUCACGACCUUCGGGCCCACAGCACCCUAUACCAUAGCUAUGCUAAAAAACUUGUCUUCUGGGCCGCUCACCCCAGCGGACUGGACCCAGUUGGCAAAAGCAUGUCUACCCUCAGGCAGCUACUUAGACUGGCGAGCAUGGUACGCAGAGUUCUCGGCCGAGCAGGCUAAGAGAAACGCCGGUCGAGGAAACGAGGGCUGGGGAUUUAGCUUAGCGGCAUAAGCGCCUGCCUUGUAAGCAGGCAAUCGCGAGUUCGAUCCCUGGUACCGAUAAAAAAAUAAAUAAAUAAAUAAAAAAAAUAAAAAAUAAAAAAUAAAAAACAAAAAGGGGGAGUAAGCCAAGGCCUGCCUCCAAAGGUGCGGUUAUCUAUGGCAUGACAAUGGAUGGGCCCGGAUCCGGUGGUUAGCUGGAACCGAGGCGCGGUUUGUGUUUUUCCGCAGGAACCGGGACGAGAACCACUGUGGGUCCCAGAGAGGUUGAUGCGACAAGUCCCUCGACUGAAGAUCAGGCCUGUUCCACCAGAGGCCAACCGCAGACCCAACAACAAGAUGAGCCCUAAAAGAACUACAGGACAAUCCCUUUUUGGGGGCCUGGAACGGCUUGCUCCCCUAUAUUUUACCAUUGUUAGGUCCCCUGUGCUCCUUGCUUCUGCUCUUACUUGUAGGACCAUUCUUGCUCCGAUGGGUUACAUCAUUUAUUAAUGGGCGCCUUGCGGUGGCCCGGCGUCAAGUACACCUGGUUGCCCAUGCGGCCCUGGCAGCAGCCCGUGAUGGGCACAAUGACCCCCAGGCUUACGCAUGGCUCGCUCGACUGGCCUACGACUGGGUCUAGAUGUGGCGGGUCUUCCGCACUCCUUCCCUAUUGACACCACACAGCAGGGUGGGUGAGUCAAUGACGGGUAAGAGCGUGCCUCCCCAGCACGACUCGACCUAAGCCAGGCCCUACCCCAUACUGCACGAAAGCCGCUGGAUUACUAGAAUCUGCCCAGAUCUAGAUGUCUCUCCGAGGGGAUCACACGGAGGGGCAUGAGUGCAUGCCUAUGUGCAUCCAGGUUCCGUCCAGUUCACUCCUGGCCCUGGAAAAAGGACGAGGGUCUCAAGGCCUUGGUGGACCCGGGGACGGCCGACCAGGGUCCAAGCCAAGGGCCUACGGUGGGCCUCAACACAGGGCAUAAGCCUCUGCACUCGAUCCAGGGCGGGCUGCGAUGCAUACAUUCAUUCAAAGUAAAUAAAAUAGGGGGAGAUGUUGGGAGCCGCGGCCGACACCGGUCGUUUUACUUGGCGGACGUGAGGCCUGUAGAAAAGAGCAAAGCCUGAGCUAAGUUACCCCUCCCAUCGAGUGAGCCAAGUUGGCGCCUGCUUCCUGCCCCCUGAUUGCCCUGGCGACUUAAACAACCCGCUCUGUAAGAUAGUCUGCCUAGCAACAACUGAUGUUAGCCAGUCAGCCCGCAUCGCGCGCUUUGAACUGAUUGGCCACUGUUACCCUAUAAAAGUGAAUGCCUUUCCCGCCACGAGAGAGAAGCACAGAGAGAGAUAGAGAAAGUCCACCGGCGAGAAAGGGCUGGUGGCAGAGCGGAGACCUCGCUGGGCCCACGUGGAGACAAAUAAAGGCAAGAUUGCACACCGUCAGAAUCUGUCGCGUGUUCUUCCUGCAGGCCGGGAGCGACACCGACAGCUGGUAAGGAUCUAGGUGAGUGUUCCCGUAAG